AUGGUAAACACUCGCCGAACCAGGAACCCUAGGCGUAGAAACAACGUUCGAGAGGAGGAGAUGCAGGACCAGCACGAGGAAGGGACGGAGAUGCCCCAAGGUAACCCACUGCCAGAAGGGAACCAAGGAGGAGGAACUCGUAUGGAUCAAAUGGAACGAGUCUUGGGAAGUAUGGUCACCCUUAUGCGAGGAACACAACCAGCGGGUCAGGUUAUCCCCCGAAAUCCUAAUGUUAGCGACAGGUUCCAGCGGUUGAACCCGCCUGUUUUUCAAGGAAAGGCAGGGACUGACCCUUGUGAGAGUGAGUUUUGGCUGGAGCAAGUCGAAAAGAUCUUUGACUUUAUUGGCUGUGAGGAGGAGGAUAAAGUUGGUUGUGCAACAUUUAUGCUUCGUGAUGAAGCUGACCAGUGGUGGAAAAUGAUGCAGAGAACCCUACAAGGUCCUGAAGGACGAGGUACGCCAGUUACUACAUGGGUGCAGUUUAAGGAACUUUUUAAUACAAAAUACUUUCCUUUGUGUAAGAAAAUGGAGAAAGGUCGGGAGUUCAUGAAUCUAAAACAAACUGGGGACAUGUCCGUCGCCCAAUACGAGGAUCACUUCACAAGGCUGAUCAAGUAUAUGCCUAUAUACAACCUGGACGAGGAAGCCAAAGCGCAGAAGUUCCUUGGAGGACUGAAGUGGAAGAUUCAACUAGCCUUAAGCUCCUUAGGGACACGCACCUAUGCAGAAGUGGUGCUGUAA